UCGAGGUCAGUGCCUAUCGUUGUCGGUAGAACGUCGGAGUGACAUUCAAACCAGAAACAUUUACGUCUGAAUACCCGUCGGUGUGUGUUGUCUCUUCAGGCAAAUUGAAAAACUUUGUUGUCGAAAACAAAACAACGAAAUGAAAUACGGAUUACAGACAAAGACUUCGACGUUAAUCAUCUUACUAUUAUCCUGUGGCAUUUUAACGAAGGCUAAAAUUCUAAACGAGUGUGAAGCCAUGCGUGAACUUCAACGUGGUGGCAUCUCAAGAACUUUCAUGAGUAAUUGGAUUUGCCUGAUGAAGAACGAAAGUGGUAUGAAUACUCAGCUCAUCACUGGUCCAAAAGGAGCAUCCAACUAUUACUACGGGAUAUUUCAAAUCAGCAGUAGCAAAUGGUGUACACGUGGUCGUGUCGGUGGUAUUUGUAACAAGCGUUGCGAAGAUUUUGCCAACGACGACAUACAGGAUGACAUAGUUUGUGCGAAAAAGAUUUCUAACAUGGACGGAUUCAAAGCUUGGAACGAAUGGACGAAGAAAUGCAAGAAUAAACCGUUACCGAAUAUAAGAAAUUGUCAAAGGCGACGAUGAAUGUCAUAGAAGAAAAUAAUCGUUGAUUAUUUUAACGAUCUAUAGAAGGAAAAGUACAAAAUAUCAAUGAUUUAUGAUUAGAUAACGAAGAAAACAUUAAUCGAUUACUUUCUAAUUUACAGAUGGUACAUCAGUAUGCGUAUCUUCACCGAGUCAAAGGAAGGAAGAAACGGUGAACAGAACGGUCUUGAAACGACGUAUGCUUUCCGGCUGAUAUUCCGGAAAGAUGAUCAUGGCGGUGAAAUUCGAAUGUAGUAUCAGUGACCUCUGCAAAGGUCGCUUCUCCGCAUCCUCUCGAAGAAAGUGAACCGAUGAGAAACGAAGGUAACAGGUAAAUCUCGGUCACUGUUGCUCUCGAGGUGAUCAAAUCUCGCUUAGCGUAAAGGAAGAUACCUUCCGUUGGCAAAAUCUUCUUCAAAAGUUUUUUGCCAAACUACGAACGAAUAACUAAGAAUACAAGCAACAAACAAGGAAAUAAAAAAAUGCUUAUCUCUCAUCGAUUAGAAGAAAGUAACUUUGUUGUAGUUAUUUAAUCGAAGAAUUUCGACUUUACAGAUUUCACUUAACCGAAGAGAAAAACUUGUUAAACCGAUAAACCCAACAUCGAUUUAUACAAAGCAACGUUAUAAAUAUAGAAACUACGAAUCUUCGUAAAUCCUAAUCCUCUAUAGCUUUGGCAUCACGUGGAUCGCUAAGAUUGUGUAAUUUCCGUAACGUCGUAAGCCACUCUUCUCUACACUACCGAUCUGUAUAUAUAUACGGAGAUAUAUGAAAUAUCGUUCACACGAAGGAAGUACGAAGCAUCGCAUCGAUACGAUGGCAGCGAGCGCGCACCGAAUGAGUUUUGAAACGGAAAAGAAAGUGCUGAGAUUUGAAACGGUGCUAAGAUGAUUAGGAGGGGAAUGGAAUGGAAUAACGUUCACUACGCGAGUUAAUAUUGUAACGUUACCAUUUCCACUUUUGGUUACGUUAACGUAACGUUGAUUGUUCUCCUGAAUUUUGACGUUGUUAAUUAUAAUCGAUCAUAGAAGUCACGGUAUCACCUUCGCAAUAUAUAUACAUAUAUAUAUGUGUGCGCGCAUGUGUUUGUCUAUAUGCAUGUACGCACACUUUACAUACUUGACGUUUCAUUCGUGUAAUUCUAUCUCUCGUCUAAAACUCCUAGAGAAACUACUACAUGCGAUCUUCUGCCUAGUAGCCGGUUUCUAAUGCGGGCGGCUGCGACAUGCAGAGGUUGUUAAACGAUUGCCUAAUCGAAAGACAAGAAUGUCUUUAACAAUCCGAUCUUUCUCAUAUACUGUCCUUCGAACUUUGUUUUUUAAAAAAUAUAUCGAUAAAUAUAAAAAAAACAAAAAAUUUGAAAAAACAAAGAAAAGAUAUUGCUCUUAAAACAUUGAAAAACUCUGUAAAUUUAAUUAAUUAGUCAGUAAUUAUAAUUUGUAGAUAUAUCUGUCAAAGAAGGAUAAAACUUAGGAACUAUCGCAAAUAUUUAUCUUCGUCGAACACAUUCGCAUUAGCAUGCUAAUACGAAAGGAGAUAGUACACUACUAAUGGCACACUGUAGUUUUAUGAGUUCAGUCGCUUGCCUGCUACCGUCGAGAUCUUUGCUAGAAAUCGCAAAUACAAGUCGUCGUGAAUACUACAAAAAUUUUUAUUAAAACCGAUUCAUGAUAGAAAAGGAUUUAUACAAAAUACUUUUUUAAUUAAUUCUUAAUCUACAAUCAUAUAUCGUAUGAUAGAAAAUCGAUAAAUUUAUAUUACUUCAAUGUGAAUCUUCGAUUCAUUACGCAUCAUCUUGUGUCUUCCCUUUCACCUUUCACUCGGUGGGGAUUAACGUUUGGCCUUAACGUAUUAGAUAUUUCUCUUCACUCUUGUUUUCUCAAAACGAUAUCCCAGUACAAAGAUAGACGUACACAAAUCUAAUUCAAUUGGUAUCAUGAAUGCAUCCUUGCAUCCUAUGAAAAAAUAACUUAUAAAAGAAUUUUAAUUGUCAAACUAGCUCUUCAGUGUUAAAUUUCUAAACAGUUUUAUAGAAACAUUUUCGUACUUUUUCUAAUCACAAAAAAUUCUAAAUAGUAUAACAAAUUUUCAACAAUAUAAUGUGGUUACUUUUAUCAAGGCUGGAGAAUACUCAAGAUAAUUAGGAUCGUGCUGAAAGAAAGCAACGUUCACGUCCAAGAUAAAAAUAUUCAAAUUUAACGCAAAACGCGCAUAUACUUAUAUAUAUAUAUAUAUAUAUAUAUAUAUAUAUAUAUAUAUGUAUGUAUGUAUGUAUUUUAUGUAUUUUCGUAUAAAGGGAGAAGGUUCAUGCGAGACGUUUUUCACACGUUAUUAUAUCCUACAUCCGGCACGAAAGAUUUCGCAGGAUCAAAGAAAAACCUACACGCAAAAGAAGAGAGAAAGACAUAUAUAGAGAGAGAGGGGAAAAAUAAGGAGAGAGAGAGAAAGAGAGAGUGAGGAGGAAGAUGAUACGAGCAAGAAGCUUAUGGCCGAGCGAAAGUGAAGCCUCGAGCACACGGAUCCCCUUCCUUCCCCCGACCUUCUUUCCGCAACCCCGUAACGUCAGUAUUCGAGAAACUCAGAUACAGCACAUGGCACCUUCUCGUAGCUAGGAGGCAGCUCGGAGUUUCCUGAAGCAUUUGCUAAGUAAAGUGCUUAUCAUUGGAAGAAAUCGAAAUUUCCUGGCGCCGAACUUAAAAAGAAAGAAGAAAAGAAAACGAUAUAUCUAAAAAUCUACAAAGAAAGAGAAGAAAUAAAAAAAAAGAAAUGAAAACUAUUGAGCGUCCUUGUUCGCUUGCCGUUGCUUCUUUUUUUUCCUUUUUUUUUUUAUCUUCUUAUACGACGUCGACACGUGAAAGCGAUCGUACAAAAUUUCGUGAGUCCUUUCGAGGUCACACAUAUGUAAGCACGGACAUACAUACAUAUGUCAUACUUAUGAGGUCGAGAUAAACAUGUGCGAUUGGAGUAUAAAAUUGGGUUACAGUGGAUUAUGAGGAAUAAAAAGAAGUUGAUAAAAAAAUGAGGGAAAGAAUAUAGAAUGUGAAAAAUAAGAAAAGAACAAAAAAAGAAAACAACACGAGGUCGAUGUGUACCAAGAAGUGGGUCAAAGGGUCAUAACUUGGAUAAUUAAUUUCUCGUGGAAGAAAGCGAUUUCCCUCUCGUUUAGUUGUACCAUCUCCAAUCGGAUCACAACUGGACGUUAACAUGAGAUCGAACGGUAGUCUUUUUCUAUACAAAUGUAUACGAGAAAGAGGAAAAGGACAGCCUGGAGAAUAAGAAUCUCAGAAAAUAAAAAGAUGAAUGACCGAUAGAAAUACGCAUUUGUACAAAUUCUUCAAAUUGCAAUUGAUAUGAUUACGUCAUAAAUAUAUAAAAUAAUUCCGUUGUAGAAAUAUACUGCUAUCCAGUGAUUAUAAAUUGCAGAUUCAAAAAAUCUGAUGUAAAACCACUAAAUGUAUUGAAACUUUCAAUUACGUUGUUUGCAUUUUGCCCAAUAUUUUGGAAAUCAUAUUUGAAUUUUAGACGGGUCAUACGUAUGUCGUAUGCGGGACGAGACCAAAAGAAUGGUUUUACCAUGUCCACUUGUCCACUUGUAAUAGGUAUUCAUAAAACGUUUUUACAUAAGG